GAAGAAAAGUGGAACGAGUGUUUUUUUUUUUUUACUUUAUCUGUCUUCAUUUUAGAAAAAAAAUGAAGUUUGUCUCAAAUUUGUUCUCAGUGCUCAUGUAUUUACUCGUGUAUGGUUUUUUCAGUUUUGAUACAGACGGAGUGUCAGUGAUGGAGGGAGAUUCAGUCACUCUACACACUGGUGUUCAAAUGAAACAAGAAGAAAAGAUUAGAUGGUAUUUUAAUCAAACUGCAAUAGCUAGAAUCUCAGGAGAUUUCAGUGAUAUCUGUACAGAUGUUCAGUAUAAAGAGAGAUUCAGAGACAGACUGAAGCUGGAUCAUCAGACUGGAUCUCUAACCAUCAUGAACACCAGAACCACAGACUCUGGACUUUAUGAUCUACUGAUCAACAGUGCUCACCGCCGCAGCAGCAAUAACAAGAUCUUCAUCGCUGCUGUUCAUGGUGUUUCUGCUGAUGAACGACAUAAAAUGAAGACAAAGUCAGUGAAGGAGGGAAAAUCUGUUACUUUAGACACUCAUGUAACGAAAAACCCAAAUAAUUCGAUAAAAUGGUAUUUUAAUGGCAUUCUCAUUGCUGAAAUCACUAGAUAUCAGAAUAAGAUCUGUACAGAUGUUCAGUGUAAUGAAGGUACUCAGAGACUCAGAGACAGACUGAAGCUGGAUCAUCAGACUGGAUCUCUGACCAUCACAAACAUCAGAACCACAGACUCUGGACUUUAUAAACUACAGAUCAGGAGCAGCAGAUUCACCAUCGUGAGGAGCUUCAGUGUUUCUGCUUCUAGUGUGGUGUCAAAGAAGAAAGGAGAUUCAGUCACUCUACACAAUGAUGUUAAAACAAACCAACAGGAAGAGAUUAGAUGGUAUUUUAAUGACAUCGUCAUCGCUAAAAUCACUGGCGAUCUCAGUAAGAUCUGCACUAAUGUCCGGUGUAAAGAGAAAUUCAAAGACAGACUGAAGCUGGAAGAGUUUGGCUCUCUAGCCAUCAUGAACAUCACAGCUGAAGAUGCUGGAGAAUAUAAACUAAAGAUCAGUGACAGCCUCGUAGAGAUCUUCAGUGUUUCUGUCGCUAGUUAUUCUGUUGAUUCAGGCAAAGUAUCAGUGAAGGAGGGAUAUUCAGUCACUUUACACACUGAUGUUGAAACAAACCAACAAGAAAAGAUUAGAUGGUGUUUUAAUGACAUUAUCAUCGCUGUAAUCAGUGGAGAUCUCAGUUCUAUCUGUACAGAUGUUCAGUGUAAUAAUAAAGAUGGUACUGAGAGAUUCAGAGACAGACUGAAGCUGGAUCAUCAGACUGGAUCUCUGACCAUCAGAGACAUCAGAACCACAGACUCUGGAGAUUAUACACUACAGAUCAGGAGCAGCAGCAUCCAGAGGAAUGUCAGUGUUACUGUCACUGGUGUUUCUGCUGCUGAACGAGAUGAAAUGAAGACAAAGUCAGUGAAGGAGGGAGAAUCUGUUACUUUAGACACUUAUGUAAUAAACAAACCAGACAAUUUAAUGUGGCAUUUUAAUGAAACUCGCAUCGCUGUAAUCACUGGAGAUCAGAGUAAAAUCUGUACAGAUGUUCAGUGUGAAUAUUCAGAAGAGAGAUUCAGAGACAGACUGAAGCUGGACAAUCAGACUGGAUCUCUGACCAUCACAAACACCAGUACCACAGACUCUGGACUUUAUAAACUACAGAUCAUCACCAACAGUUCAAUCCGCGUCACCAGUGUAAAGAGCUUCAAUGUUACUGUCACUACUCACCGAACAGGAAUAUAUUCUGCUGUUUCUGCUGUUUUGGUGUUCUUGGUUGCAUCUGCUGGUUUAAUUUACUCUUGCAAGUGCAAUUCAAGAAGGCAAUACAUCAUAACGCAGCAAAGUCAUCAGGCAAACGGUGUUGAAGACUCAUCCUCAGAUUUGAUUGACCCUGUAGAGACAAACACUCCUCAUGAAUCGUCAUCAAAUCAGACUGAGUCUGAGGCACCCAGUGAGACAUUAACAUAACCCUGUUUUUUAUUUUGAUAUUUUGAUUGAAAAGAAACAUGGAGAGGAGUUGUGAAACGAGAGAAGUGGAUAAAGCUAUCAUUACUCAAAGAGAAAUAGCUUAUUAUAGAUAUAUCUUAUUAUAUUACAGAUUUAGAUUUCAGCAGUCGGUACAAUACCAGUGUAAGGUCCACGCACUCUGUCCAAGGAAGGUAUCCGGUGUUGGCUGAAGGUUUCUUGCGAGUUCGGUCUUUUCAGCGCGCAAAGUUAUUCAAUUUAUAUCCAAUUCUAAUAUGACUCCAUUUUAAUAUUUCAUCUGACUCCAUUUUAGUAUGACCUCGAAUUUAGGUUGAAAGGCAAAUUGGUUGAUUGUCUGUCUCUAAUUAUUAUUAUUAUUAUUAUUCUGACAUUGGAUUAU